AUGACAUCUUUCAGCAUCCAGAGAGACGAGGAUGGCGUUGAAUACGUCAGCCUAGCGCAUAAUCCUGACACUAAAAAUCAUAAAGAUCCAAAUGACCCACACAAGCAAAACCUAAGAGGUUUUAUGUUCGCAAGGCCCGGGGAUCCCCUGUGCCCAGUAAAAAGUUUCAAGAAGUACAUCUCUAAAUGUCCCCCAGACGCAAAAUCUUUUUAUCUGCACCCAAAGCGCUCCAUCACCGUGGCAUCUGAUGUGUGGUACUCCAGGGAGCCGAUGGGUGUCCACUACCUGGGAGACAUGCUAAAAAAAAUCAGUGAAGAGGUGGGUCUGUCGCGGAUUUACACGAACCACAGCCUCCGGAGCACGGCUGUGGGUCGACUCUCAGACGCCGGGCUGGAGACACGCCAGAUCAUGUCUGUGACGGGGCAUCGCUGUGAAAGCAGCCUGCAGGCUUAUUGGGCUCCGUCAGUCCAGGAGAGACGAGAAUGGAGCAACAUUUUGUCGUCCCGCAACGUCCCAACCAGCAGUGGUCAGGGUCCACAAACGUUAAAUCUCCGUCCUUCAAAUGCCACUAUGAUGGACAUGCCAGUAUCUCUAUCAAAUUUCACGAUCAACGGCAAUGUUGCAUUUAAUUUUAAAUAG